UCCGCUAAAUGUAAGGGAAAAACCGAAAAAACAGACGGCAAAAUUCAAUUUCCCCCUUUAACACAGAGGUGGAAGGACGGUGAAGACAGGGGAGCUAGGAUGUAUCUGAAAGCCCCAUUUUGGAGCAAAGAUUCCAACACUGAAUCUCAGACGGAAUCUCCCUCAGCAGUAACGGAGCUAAUCAGCUCGCUUGAAAAGCAGAGAUUAUACAGGGAGGUUACACUCGCACUCCGCUCAGGUCUCAGUGAUGCACGUGCCGAGUUCUCCUUUCUCCGUAUUCGUGGCUUACGUGUCAUCCUCAAGUUUCUCCGAUCCGUUGCUGAGUCCGAUACUACAAUCAACCUAUUCUGUCACAGCCAAUCCAUUCCCGAUCUUCAAGAGCCGAUGAUUCUCGGCUAUUCAUCGGUGUUAAUGGCGGAGAGACAGAAAAAUAGGGAUUCCGGUGGAGGUCCGUAUCAGUUGGAGCAACAGAUCCAAGCUUUUAUUGACACAUCGAAUAGAAGAAUGCAGCAUAUGGAAAAAUGGAAACAACAUCUUUCCUGGACUUCCCAUAGUUCACCAUGUCAGUAUGAAGUUCAAAGAUGUUACAACGAGCAGCAGAUUUUAGCCGAACAAUGUGCUUACCAUCCAAAUCUUAUUCCAGCACUUUAUGGGGUUGAGUAUUGCGGUGCAGAUUUCAGUACUCAUCCAAAUACUUACGGAUUUGAGUGUAUCUCAGCAACCAUGGGUAUUUCAAGAGACUCUAAGCACCAAAAAUGUGCCACCGAUGGAAAGAGGAAUGCUUGGAGGAAGAAGCACAAAUAUGAACUUCGUCGCCAACCAGCUAACACUAAGCUAUCAAGUAACAAGAUAGUUAGACGAGUUCGCGUGGGUGGUGGCAAUGCCAAAUGGAGUGCAAUUGUUCAAAUCGGUGCUACUGCUGAGGAGAUACAACGUGGAAAUACAUUGAUGGAUGUCGAAGAUGAGCACGAUGAGAGCUCAGAAAUUAAGGAGGACCAAGUGUUUGACAAUUGUCCCCAUCCAGAGGCAAUUGCUAAUCAACUAGCUUCUAGUAGCACUGAGAAAAAGUUAGAACCAGAUGCGGAUAAAGUGUUUGAUAUAAGUCCUCAACAGAACGAAAUUGAUGUAGAUGAGCUUCAAUCAGUAAAAAGAGAUGAGGAAGAAGAAGAAACACUGAUGCGAUUGGAAUCUGGAAACCCAGAAGAGGAGAAGUUAGAAAAUAACGAAUAUCAAGUUCUUGAUCAAAUUCUUCAGAUGUAUGGAAUCAAUAUAACGGAUAUACAUUGGGAUGACAGUGUAGGAGAUGAGCCUAUUGAACUUGAAUAUAGCGAGCGGAAGUCAGAAAUUAAGGAGUACCAGGUGUUUGAUAUAAGUUCUCUUAAGGACGACGCUGAGGUUCUAGAUGACGAGCAACUGCAAGCAGCUGGAUUCUCACUCGUAAAUCCUAUCUCGCUCUCACUAAAUAUGGUUUCCAAUGAUAUGGUAUAAACUCAUGAAGAGGUUGGAAAUCUGGACAUUACUUUCAAAUGUGAAAUAAAAAAUGCAAAUGUGGAGCUUGUUUUGAUUCUUGAUUGCGAUAACUUUUGUGGGACUGAGGAAUUUGCCCAAACUGAAAAAUUUCACCACUGUUAAAAGAGUAUAUCUACAUGGUGAUUCUGUUGCAGCAGUUUCUAAACCAACAAAUUGUACUGCUAGUGUAGAAGAGAUCAAGAAAUACCCUAUCCUUACUCACUAUCUAACUAGUGAUGUCUUUGGAUAUGCAAGUCAAGCUGUUGAGGUUUCUAGAAAUCUCAUUCUGACUGGGAAUAAUGUUCAUGUCGACACUGGUGCACCUGACCUCGUCUUUACACUCGAGGUACAAUCUCCUAGACUUUUUCUUCCCAAGGUAUUGUUAAAUUGGGCAGCAACUCAAGCUGAUGCUUCAAAGGUGGAUCAUCUUGCCUCACUAGAAAAGUAUUCUGAGAUCAUUAUUGUACCAUGUACACCUUUUUUGGCAACGGAAGUGGAAGGGUCGAAAUCUAUCAAGACAGAUUUUGUGGUAUCAGAUGUUGUUUCAGUUGCUUGUCGAGCAGCAGCUGAUGCUGGAAGUCCAUCUCUUUGUGCGACCAACAUCAAACGAGACUUCAUCCAUGUAGAGUAUGUAGUGGCAGCUACAAAUCAUCAUAACUCAAUAGUGUGGAAAAUUUCAAGAGACAAUUCUCAUUGUAAAUUUCUUAUUCGGCUAACGCAUUAUUGUCAAUUACCUGCUUUUCAAGAUGUAUUUGUCGUGCCACGGGUGGCAAGGAAAUUAUACAAUUGUCACAAAGAGGUUUGAAAUGAAUUUGGAAGUGGAAAGGAUGUGCAUGUGGUAAUUCCGAACCUUGGCGGGCAGCUUGCAGUUUGGAAGUUGGAGGAAAACACUAUUACUGCUAAAGAACUUGUUAGAAUUCUCCUGACUAGUCACUCUGCUGGAAUAGUUGAAGCCAUUGUUGUGCCUCUUAUUCACUAUUUUUCUGCCAAUGUGUUUAGCUAUUUGAAGUUGG